UCAAAGAGAUAGUGGUGGUAAUUCCCAGCAACACAACGAUGGGACGCAUCUUUCUGGACCACAUUGGUGGAACGCGUCUCUUUUCUUGUGCCAACUGUGACACCAUCCUGACAAAUAGAUCUGAACUGAUCUCCACACGAUUCACUGGAGCCACAGGCAGAGCCUUUCUCUUUAAUAAGGUGGUGAACCUCCAGUAUAGCGAGGUCCAGGACAGAGUGAUGCUAACCGGCAGGCACAUGGUGAGGGACGUCAGCUGCAAGAACUGCAACAGCAAGCUUGGCUGGAUCUAUGAGUUUGCCACCGAAGACAGCCAGCGGUACAAAGAGGGACGGGUCAUCCUGGAGAGGGCGUUGGUUAGAGAGAGUGAGGGUUUCGAGGAGCAUGUCCCCUCAGACAACUCUUGAGUUGUGGAUUCUACCGCGCCUUCUUACCCUUACUCCUUUAUACCCUUUGGCUUGGCCUGUGCCCUGCAUAUCACCACCUGCAGACUGACGUGUUCAG